UCCAGAACAUCUUCCCUUCAGGACGUUGGUUUCCUCUCUAUCCACUCCGGCAUUGGACCAACGGCGAUCCCCCUUACACUACGAAAUAACUUGUCCCCUCCCCCCUCACGCAAUGACCGACAAGUGACACAAACCACCCUUGACUGCGCCCUGACGACGGUCGACCCUAGUCCACGAGAUUGCAAUUCGACCCUUCAAUUCGAUUUUGACCACGCGACCCUGGGGAAAACUUCGGAUUCUCAAUCCAGGCUAUCAGUGAGAGUGGACAGUUGCCUGAAGUGCUUGCCUGCUCAAUCGUCCAUGGCAACGAACCACAGGAACUUAGCGACGAUUAUACUUAAGCCCUUCCCGCUCCUAUCUUGUUCAAUACCACGAAUGCCGGAGGAUUUCGACUACCAUCAAUGAGUCGUGCCAUACGACCGGGCUGCCUCAGAAUGCCUCAGCAGCACGUCGACAGUUCACCACCUCGAACACCUCCUUCUGAAGCCGGCAAUGGUAAGCCUACAAGGAGAGGGACGCAUCCGCGGCCCUCCGUCCGUGAGACGUUCUUGGAUGACUUUAACCCAGCGGAUAACGCAAACGGGGGCAAUGAGUCCUGUGACGAGCGAGACCCUCACGAUCUCUCUCUGUCUCCGCAACAUGCAGCCCGCACAUCAAUUGUUGAUAAUAUGCUCCUCUCCCUAGACCAGUUCGCAUCUGGUUCAGUGUUGGAUGACUACCGGCUAUUCAAUUCAGUCUUCGAAACGGAUUUGUACGGCCACGGUUCGCCCGACUCGAUGAUCCAGCGACGCUAUCGCGGGCACACCUUUUCCUCGUCUCUGUCAUCGGAAGUGGAGGGCACGUUUGAGGACGGCGCGGCGCGGCAUGCGCCUCAACCCCCGAGGGGUCGCAGGAGCAACAGCAGCUCGAACUACCAUUCCAGUCUAAGAAGAUUUGGGAGCACGCGCAGUCGUGAAGGGACUGGUUCGCGCGGCCAGCUCUUUGACUUUCGACCGGGCUCUAAUGUGGCAGCAGGGGCUCGCAAUGCCAGAAAUGGGAGUAAAGGGAGUGCCUCCUCUCACCUGGACUUUGGCCCCCCUCUGUUACAUCGUCGAGCGGAUUCAACCGGCGAGAGGCGCUCGGCGAGCUUUGACUUCGGUACUCGGCAGCCGUUCAUUCCCUUUCCCGAGCCCAUCGUCGAUUACGAUUCUUGGUCGUUCAGUGAAUUCGACGCGGCUCCUACGCCAAGUAUUCCCGGCGGACCAAGCAAAUACCAUGCGUCAUCGCAAGCGGAGUAUGCCGGGCCUCUCAACCCGCAGCAGUCCCCGACGCCUGUAGCCUCGCGACGAAACAGUAUCAAGUCCCCGCGGGCAAAUCCUACCCGGAAGUCUCGCCCGGACAACAUUGGCACUGGUAUCGUCAAAAAUCGCGAUCUCGAUCUAGCGAACCUUGCGGAUUCGGGCCUAGAGCCUCCGCCAGCAAUACCGGCCUCGCUCGACCCGCCUGCGCCCAGUCCGACUAUAUCAUUUAACAAACCGAUUUUUCCUCCGCCGCCCGAGCCGAUGCCAGCCAAGGAACGACCGGGAUUCUUCCGGCGCGUGUUCGGCCCCAAAGCUCCCACUUUCGGCCCGUCCGAUUACCAUCAAUCCGACUACCCAUUUGCCCAGGAGAAUGACACCAAGGAUUCCAAUGGGCUGGGCACAUAUUCUAAGAGCUGGAGACAGCCACUGAAGCAUAGUGCGGGGGGUGGCAAUACGGCUCGUGAUGGAAGUCAUCAGGUGGUGACCAAAAAGUCGUCCUUCUUCCGCCGGCGGAAGAAGUCCGUUGCUGAAAGUGCCCCGCCUCCGAUCGUGCUUCCUCAAGAGCUUGCCGGCCAGCGGGCGACGGAGUUAAUGAAGCCCGAACCUAGCCCGGCCAGUAGUUUGAAGAAAGUAAUGAACCCUUAUAUCGCCGAUUCCGGGGUAUCCAUGUCCACCCAGGCCAACAAGCUCUCGCCGUUGCGGGCGGCGCCAGAGGAUGCGGAGCCCAAGAAUCCAGGAGCGCCGUCGACACAGAACCAGCGAGGAAGCCUCCUGACCACCCCCGGACAGUCCAAAGCCAAAUACAGUCUAUAUCCGCUGGUUUCGUCCGUCAACCCUCCCGAUGCUACCUUCUUAGGGACCAGCAGCGGAGAUGAGGAGCCCGGUACCCAGUCCCCGCCCAGUGGCCAGGAUUCGGUCGUUUCGGCCCCUUUGGUCGACCGCGCACAAGGCCCGAGGGCAUCUAGAGAUGGGGUUCAUUCGCGCAGCAGUGACAGGGACUCGGUGGACAUUGACCAAGCCUCUGGUUCCCAAGGCGGUUUGAAACCACAGGAGACCGUUGUUUCUUCGCUGUCGCCCGUAAUCGAGAGUUUCUCUCAGAUGAGUAUGACGCCCACCCACAGUUCCGAAGACGUUCUUCUUUCCAGCUUGAAGGAGCCCGACGAAGGCAAGGACUUGUAUGGCUCCGACAUGUACAGAGAGGGUCUCGAUAGUGUUAGCCGGUUUUCUGCUCCGGCAGCCGGGCUUAGUGGUUCCCCACGGGCCUCCAUAUCGGAAAUGUCGAACUACUAUACGGCCUCUGAGAGUGCAGCAAUGGUCUCGACCGAGCCCAAGCCCGCCGAUGCAACAGAAACGAAGCCCGACGAGGUCCCGGCGGGGGAGCCAACCCGUUCUGACAAAGAACAGGCGCAGAUGCUCUUUGAUAGCCAGGAUCAAGUCGUCGGGAGCGAGCCUGCCGCGGCUUGGCUCGGCGAUCCGGACCGGGCCCUGGUUCGCAAAGCUUACAUGGAGCUAUUUGACUGGUCCAAUCUACAUAUUCUGGCGGCGCUUCGACGACUUUGCAACCGAUUGGUGUUGAAAGGUGAGACCCAGCAAGUAGACCGAGUCUUGGAUGCCUUUUCCACCCGGUGGUGCGAGUGCAAUCCGCGUCAUAGCUUCAAAGCAUCUGAUGUCGUGCACACCAUCUGUUACUCGCUCCUUUUGCUUAACACCGACCUACAUCUGGCGGAUAUCGAGCAGAAGAUGACCAAGACCCAAUUCGUCCGAAACACCAUGCCAACCAUCCAUCGCGUGGCGGCGGAGGCAGCACCCGAUGGGGUUGAAGCCCGAGGGGCCAGCAAGUCGAAAGCUCCAGACUCCCCUUCUGGCUCUAAUCUUCAGUCUGCUCCCGCCGAAGACCUCUCAAGUGCGGAUAAGCCGAACAAUGUCCCUGCGAAGUUGGUCAACCGACUCUCCCGCACGGAUCUCUCGGCCAAAAUGGUGAGCGACCCUGACAGCGACACCGGCCCACUCGUCAGCGCCCCCUUCACGGGCACCAUGAGGGCUUGGGAACAGCAAGUCGAGAUGGUCCUCCGAGAUUUUUACACAUCGAUUCAGAAGCAGAAGCUUCCGCUGCAUGGGGCCCCAGUGGAUAAAGACGGGACGCGCAACUCCUCGAACAAUCUGCUUGGUCCUCACCCGGGUGGGCUGCGCAGAAGCCCCAGUACAGUGAGCAAAAGUGGCUCCGACAUCUAUCCACGCGGCCGCUCUGCAGAUUCCCGCUACGGCACGGCACGGUGGUCUUCGAAGCCUCGUUCGCGAGCGAGGCUGUACCCUCCUUCUACUAUGGGCUCCAGCCGAACUAGCUUGGAUGACCAGUCAUCGCUCUGGAGCCCAUCCGCAUCCAGUACGUGGAGCAAAUACUCUUCAGGGAAGCUGACCUCAGCGUCGGUAGAUUCUUUCGGCUCGGAUUACCCGCGCGGGGAUUACCAGCAGUCCAUCGGGUUCGCCAAUGCAUUGAGCCAGGCCAUUAUUCGCGAAGAUUCUGCCCACUCGAUUGCUAGUUUUGAGGACGCAGAGCGGACCACACCUCUUUUAGAGGAUGAAACUCUACAACUUGCGGGCGCUCCCUGGGCCAAGGAGGGAAGUCUGAAACACAAACAUCACUUGGACUCGGUCGAUAAGAGGGCCAAAGACCGCAAUUGGAACGAAUGCUUUGCCGUCAUACAACAAGGCUGGAUGCGCCUAUUCUCCUUCAACGCACCCAUGAAGUCGGUCCGGCAGAAGGCCAAGCAACGUCAUCCCGGCGGUGUCGUGGUGGGAGGAGGAAACUGGACAGAGAAUGCCGAAGAGAUCUGGAAAUUUCUUUUGCGUCAAACAAUCGCCAGCGCACUUCCACCCCCGGGUUACUCCAAAUCUCGCCCCCAUGUCUGGGCCCUGAGCCUACCCACCGGCGCUGUGCAUCUCUUCCAAGCGGGCACGCCGGAGAUUGUCCGUGAGUUCGUCUCCAGUGCCAACUACUGGAGCGCAAGACUGUCCAAGGAGCCGUUGAUUGGGGGCAUCAGUAACAUGGAGUAUGGAUGGAGCGAUGCCGUCAUCAACAGCGCCCUGAUCAGCGCCGAGAGCAGCCGAACUCCGCCGUCCUCGUCUGGAGCGCGUCCGAGCAUCCAGAGCUCGAUCCGAAGCUCCAUUGAUCAGCAGGGGGUACGGCCCCGACUCCCAGCGGACCGAGUGCACAUCAGCGAUUGGGCCCCUCCGCAACAGAGCAUGAUGGCCUCUGCCCUUGCGGAGGCCGAACAGCUGAAAGCCUUGCAGACGUAUGUCAAAAACGUCGAAGAGGAGCUGCAGCGACAUAACGAACUCCGACCCGCCAUGAUCCUCGCAUUUUCUCCCCGCCACCCCAAUGCCGCCAAGGCUCUGGCCAACUGGGAGCGCAAGUCCUCGUAUCUGUUGCGGGAAAUCGUGAAGUUCCGGACCUAUAUUGACUCUCUCUCCGCGGCUUUGGACCAGAAGAACCGGAUCUAUGCCAACCGGGAAGAGAGCGCCCCGGCAUCGUAAUUGUUGGCCCAACGCCAGUGGAUUCGGCGCCGAAUCCAUUCGAUCGAGCUGGCUCUCGGCGUAAAUGCUAGGAGCGCUAGGAAGCUCACGCUUUUGCUUGUAUACCCCCAGCCCCGUUUCAAUGUCCGCCCCAGCUUUCGAUCCUUUUGUACCGAUGAUCCUUCACUUCUUCUCUCCUAUCAUUGUAAAGCUGAUAUCAGACCAUGAGCGUGCGCCAUGAGGACCUUGGAUUCUCUUUCUUUUUUCUUUCUUUCUUUCUUUCUUUCUUUUCUUUUUUUUAUAUGUGGCCUGUGCUAUCUUCUGCCUUGCUCUCCAUUUCCCCUCCGAUCUUUGCUGUAUUUUUUUUUUUUUUUUUUUUU